CACCAAACUGUUGAAAACCGAGAACAACAUUAACUCAUUGCAAGCUGUGCAACAUCAUAAUAACACCAACAACAAGUCCAAUAAAUCCAAUCACAAUUCAUCGCCCCAGUUACAAAAAUCUGGGAAAUCCUCAAAUCGUCGCAAAAAGAGACGCAAUAAACAACAGCAUCAACAACAGCCUAAUACUGUCCCCUUACCAGAGCAAAACAACAAACAGCAUCACGACGGCGACUUGGAUCAGAUAGUAGUAGUUAAAGAAUCAUUUUCACCUUCAUCUGCUUCUGCACCCAACACCAACGCCGCCCCAACAUUCUACACAUCAUCCACUAAUAACACCGCAGGCUUAGAUAAUCACAGCAACAACAUGCCCGCCCGUUUUGCCGACGAUGUCAUCAAUGACACCACCGUACCCCGCACCGGACAUUAUGCUAAUCAUCAAACCAAUGGUGGAAUGGCCUCCAGUGAUAUUGCCAUAACUGGCUUCUCUGGUCGCCUGCCAGAAAGUUCCAACAUUGAGGAAUUCAAGCAGAAUCUUUUUGAGGGAGUCGAUAUGGUUAACGAUGAUCCCAGACGCUGGGAAAAGGGCCUGUAUGGUUUGCCCGAGCGCAUGGGUAAAAUAAAGGAUGAUGAUUUGGAACAUUUCGAUCAACAAUUCUUCAGCGUCCAUCAGAAACAGGCCGAAUGUAUGGAUCCACAAAUGCGUAUGCUAUUGGAGUGUACUUAUGAGGCCAUCAUUGAUGCUGGUGUCAAUCCCUCCGAAAUAAGAGGCUCUCGCACUGGUGUCUAUGUAGGUGUGUCUUCCUCGGAGACAGAACAAUACUGGAUGGCCGAUCCGGAACGUGUGAAUGGUUAUGGUCUAACAGGAUGUGCCCGUGCCAUGUUUCCCAAUCGUGUUUCGUUUACAUUUGACUUCAAGGGUCCCAGUUAUAGUGUGGACACAGCUUGUUCCAGUUCUUUGUAUGCCAUGGAACAGGCCUUCUCCGAUAUGCGCGCUGGCAAGUGUGACUCUGCCAUAGUGGCCGGUUUGGGUGUCCUCUUGAAGCCUACCAUGUCUUUGCAGUUCAAACGUCUCAAUAUGUUGAGUCCCGACGGCAUGUGCAAAGCCUUUGAUGAAUCCGGUAAUGGCUAUGUGCGUUCGGAUGGCUGUGUGGUAAUUUUCAUGCAAAAAACUAAUUGCGCCAAACGUGUCUAUGCCACCGUCUUGAACGUGCGCACCAAUACUGAUGGCUACAAGGAGCAGGGCAUCACCUACCCCAUUGGUGCCAUGCAAAAUCGUUUGAUUCGUGAGACCUAUGAAGAUAUUAACCUGAACCCCCAUGAUGUAAGCUACGUUGAGGCUCAUGGUACCGGCACCAAGGUUGGUGAUCCCCAGGAAGUGAAUUCUAUUACUGACUUUUUCUGCAAAAAUCGCAAAACUCCUUUGCUCAUUGGCUCUGUGAAAUCGAACAUGGGCCACUCUGAGCCCGCCUCUGGAGUUUGUUCCAUUGCCAAGGUGUUGAUUGCCAUGGAGGCAGGUCAAAUUCCCGCCAAUCUCCACUACAAGAGCCCCAAUCCCGAUCUUUACGGCCUUAUGGAUGGCCGCCUGAAAGUGGUUGACAAAAAUAUGCCUUGGGAAGGAGGCAUUGUGGGUAUUAACUCUUUUGGUUUUGGUGGUGCCAACGCUCACGUCAUUCUGAAAUCAAAUCCCAAGCCCAAAGCAAUUACCCCAACUGUGGGACCACCAAAGAUGGUCUUGUGCUCAGGACGCACAUUUGAUGCGGUACAAGAGUUGCUCGAAGAUGCCACUGCUCACCGGGACGAUGAUGAGUACUUGGCUCUGAUCAAUGAUAUUCAUUCAAAGAAUAUUCCCUUGCAUUAUUAUCGUGGCUAUUGUGUCAUGGACACCAAGGGCUCCCUGCAGCGUGAAGUUUUGGAGUAUUCGGAAGAUAAACGCCCCAUAUGGUAUAUCUACUCGGGUAUGGGCAGUCAAUGGGCCAGCAUGGCCAAGGAUCUAAUGCAGUUCGAAGUUUUUGCCCAGUCCGUUCAUCGCUGUGCCGAAGCUUUGAGGCCUGAAGGAGUUGAUCUCGUUGAUGUCUUGACCAAAUCGACAGAGAAGAGUUUUGACAAUAUUUUAAAUUCCUUCAUAUCGAUCGCCGCCAUGCAAGUUGCUCUAACAGAUCUGCUGACAUCUUUGGGCAUUAAACCUGACGGAAUCAUGGGUCAUUCAGUGGGCGAGUUGGGCUGCGCUUAUGCUGAUGGAUGUUUCACACCUGAACAAACUGUUUUGGCAGCAUAUUGGCGAGGCAAGAGUAUCCAGGAAACCAAAUUGGCCGCCGGAAAAAUGGCCGCCAUUGGUCUGGACUGGGAGGAGGCACACAAACGCAUGCCCUCCGACUGUUUCCCGGUCUGCCACAACAGUGUGGACAACUGCACCAUUUCGGGCCCUGAGAAAUCUAUUGAUGCUCUGGUAGAAAAGCUAUCCGCCGAGGGAAUAUUUGCCAAGGCCGUCAAAUCGUCAGGCUAUGCCUUCCACAGCAAAUAUAUUGCUGAUGCUGGACCAAAAUUGCGCAAGAGUUUGGAGAAAAUUAUUCCCAAUGCCAAGAACCGUACUCCCAGAUGGGUUAGUACCAGUAUUCCAGAAGCCGCUUGGAAUACUCCAGUUGCCAAACAAUCGUCCGCCGCCUAUCACGUGAACAAUUUGCUGUCGCCUGUGCUUUUCUAUGAAGGACUUCAGCACAUCCCCAAGAAUGCCAUAGCCAUUGAGAUUGCGCCCACUGGCCUAUUGCAAGCUAUUCUGAAGAGGGCUUUGGGUUCGGAGGCCACAAACAUCAGCUUGGUAAAGCGAGGACAUGAAAACAAUGUGGAAUUCUUCCUGAUGAACCUGGGAAAACUUUAUUCGGCUGGUGCCCAACCUCAAGUAUUGACGCUAUUCAAACCCAUUUCUUACCCUGUUGGACGAGGCACUCCCAUGUUGAACUCAAAGGUGGGCUGGGAUCAUUCGCAGAGAUGGAUGGUGCCCAAAUAUGGCAAAGAGACUAGUUCCGGUGAAACAAUUAUCGAAGUGGAUUUAUCCAACGAAGAUGAUGCCUACUUGGCCGGACAUACUAUUGACGGUCGCAUCCUGUUCCCUGGUACCGGCUACAUGACGCUGGCCUGGAAGACCUUUGCCAAAAUGAAGGGCAUCGAAUUUGAAAAGUGUCCCGUCGUCAUGGAGAAUGUGGUAUUCCAUCGCGCCACGAUUCUCAACAAAGAUGCUGUGGUUAAAUUUGGCAUCAACUUCUUUGAUGGCACUGGCAAUUUUGAAAUUUGUGAAGGCGGCACUCUGGCUGUGUCGGGUAAGAUCACCUUGCCUGAAAACAUCGAACAAGAGGAGUUGCCUCUACACCCAUUAACACCCAAUACACAGGUGAAGGAAUUGAGCACCAAUGACUGUUACAAGGAGCUCAGACUUCGUGGCUAUGACUAUGGUGGCAUCUUCCGUGGCAUUGUUAAGUCGGAUACAUAUUCAAGCACUGGCAGCUUGCAGUGGGUAGACAACUGGGUCAGUUACACCGAUACAAUGCUGCAAUUCAGCAUCUUGAGCAAGAACCUAAGAGAACUUUACCUGCCUACACGCAUUGAGAAGGUGGUAAUAAAUCCCCAAAAGCACUUGCAGGAAGUCGCCAAACUGAGCGAAGAGGAUCGGAAACAAAAGGGCUUGCCCGUUUUCAUGUACAGCGACAUCUCGGUCAUCAAGAGUGGUGGUGUGGAAAUGCGUGGCCUAAAAGCUUCACUGGCCCAAAAGCGCCCCUCUUCACAGAAUCCACCCACUUUGGAGCGUUACACCUUUGUACCCAACCACAACACCUCUGAAUUGCAUGAGAAUUCGGAAAUAGCUCGUCUUCAUGCCUUGUCCGUGGCUCUACAUAUGAUCAUUGAGAACUCCCAGGGGGCCUUGAAAAUUAAGGGUGUUGAGUUGGCCAAUGGCCGAAAUCCCGAUAUCUUGAUGGCCGCAAAACUUUUGCAAAUUAUCGAAGCAGAACCCACUAUCACAGCCGACAUAGCAGUGGUCACUUCCAACGGCAACGAGGAAACGAUUGCGUCCACCUUGGGCUCUGAUUCAGGCGUGCGUGUCGUAUCCAAGAACAUCCUUCAAGAACCGGUAGAGCAGAACUGUCAUUUCCUAUAUGCCUUGGAUGUCUUAUCACGACCUGAUACCAUGAUCUUGGAAAAUGGCCUGAACACCAUCAAGGACAAUGGAUUUAUGAUAUUUGAGGAGUCACUAAUGUCCUAUGAAAAAUCUGGGCGCAAUUUGUUGAAGAAAUUUGGAUUGGUUGUCGUCACAGAACAGGUUAUCGGGGGUUCCCGUGUUUUGGUUACCGUACGCAAAGCCGUCGAUGUCAAGCAACGCGAAUCCGUAGUCAUUCAGGUCACCGAAAACAAUUUCGAGUGGUUGGAAAGCCUAAAGGAGGCUUUGGCUAAGGCCGCUGAAAUCGAACGCUAUGUCUAUGUCGUUUGUCAAGGCGAAGAGCUGUUCGGGGCGGUGGGUUUCAUGAAUUGCAUCAAGAAUGAGAAUGGAGGCAAACUGGCGCGUAUGGUGUUUAUCCAGGAUAAAAAUGCCGAAAAAUUCUCCCUCUCCAGCAGCUUCUAUAGUCAGCAACUUGCCAAAGACGUAAUUCACAAUGUCCUUAAGGGUGGUGCCUGGGGCUCAUUCCGUCAUCUGAAGUUGGAGACUGAUGUGGCUACCCUACAAGUAGAGCACGCCUAUGUCAACGCAUUGGUCAAAGGUGAUCUUGCCUCGCUGAAAUGGAUUGAGGCCCCUAAAUUGAAUCCCAACGUCUUGGAUGACACCAUGGAUAUGUGCAGUGUCUACUAUGCCCCGGUUAAUUUCCGAGAUGUCAUGCUGUCUUCGGGAAAACUCUCGGCCGAUGCUUUGCCUGGCGAUUUGGCCCAGCAAGAUUGUGUGUUGGGUCUGGAAUUUGCCGGACGUGAUUCCAAGGGUCGUCGUAUAAUGGCCAUGGUGCCGGCCAAAUCGUUGGCCACAACUUGCGUGGCAAGCAAAAAUAUGAUGUGGGAAAUUCCUCCCAAUUGGUCUAUGGAAGAGGCCUCCACCGUGCCCUGCGUCUAUGCCACCGCAUACUAUGCCCUGGCCGUACGUGGACAAAUGAAGAAAGGCGAAAAGGUACUCAUUCAUGCCGGCUCCGGAGGUGUGGGUCAAGCUGCAAUUUCCAUUGCCCUGCAUAAUGGACUGACAGUAUUCACAACUGUUGGCAGUGUGGAGAAGAGAGAAUUUCUUAAGAAGCGUUUCCCCCAACUGAAGGACUCCCACAUUGGCAAUUCGCGUGACUCCUCCUUCGAACAGAUGGUCAUGCGUGAGACCCAAGGCAAGGGUGUUGACCUGGUAUUGAAUUCGCUGGCCGAAGAAAAACUACAGGCCUCGGUGCGUUGUCUGGGCUUGAAUGGCCGUUUCCUGGAAAUUGGCAAAUUUGAUUUGAGCAACAAUUCGCCAUUGGGCAUGUCCGUUUUCUUGAGAAAUACCUCAUUCCACGGCAUCUUGUUGGACAGUGUUAUGGAAGGCGAGGAAGCUAUGCAAAACCAAGUUGUCAGCCUGGUAGCCGAAGGCAUCAAAUCCGGUGCAGUCCGCCCAUUGCCCACAUCAGUCUUCAAUGACAAGCAAGUGGAGCAAGCCUUCCGUUUUAUGGCCUCCGGCAAGCAUAUAGGUAAAGUGGUCAUUAAAGUUAAGGAUGAAGAGGAAGGUCGCAAGGUGCUUAAAGCUUCUCCACGCCUGGUCAACGCCAUCCCCAGAACCUACAUGCAUCCCGAGAAGAGUUACAUUCUUUGCGGCGGUCUCGGUGGUUUCGGCCUGGAGCUUAGCAAUUGGUUGGUGUCCCGUGGCGCCAAAUACUUGGUGUUGACUUCAAGAUCUGGCGUAAAGACCGGUUACCAGGCCCUUAUGAUCAGAAGAUGGCAAGAGAAGGGUGUUAAGGUAUCCAUAGACACCAGCGAUGUUACAACCGCCAAGGGUUGCCAGAAAUUGUUGGAGAAUGCCAACAAAAUGGCCCUCGUUGGGGGUAUCUUCAACUUGGCUGCCGUGCUAAGAGACGGCCUUAUGGAGGACCAAACCGUUAAGGAUUACCAGACUGUAUGCGAAUCGAAGGUGCAGGGAACCAAGUUCUUGGAUCAGUACUCUCGCGUCAUGUGCCCCGAAUUGGACUAUUUCAUUUGUUUCUCCAGUGUGUCCUGCGGUCGUGGCAACAUCGGCCAGACGAACUACGGUCUGGCCAAUUCGGCUAUGGAACGCAUUUGUGAGCUGCGUCAAGUCAGUGGGUUCCCCGGUCUUUCCAUACAAUGGGGAGCCAUUGGUGAUACUGGUUUAGUUAUUGAAAAUCUCGGCGACAAUGACACCGUUAUUGGUGGCACCCUGCCACAAAGAAUGAGCUCCUGCCUGCAAACUAUAGACUUAUUCCUGCAACAACCACACCCAGUGCUGGCUUCCAUGGUGGUAGCCGAGAAACGCAAAUCUGAUCAAUCGGGAGGUGUCAGUCUGGUAGCCAGUGUGGCGAAUAUUUUGGGUCUACGUGACACCAAAAAUGUACAAGAUGCCACCUCAUUGGCUGACUUGGGUAUGGACUCGUUGAUGGGUGCCGAAAUCAAACAGACACUAGAACGCAACUUCGAUAUCAUAAUGUCGGCUCAAGAAAUUCGACAGUUAUCAUUUGGGCAAUUGAAGGAGCUCAGCGGAGACGCCGAAGCAGCUGCUGGUGGCGCCGAAUCAACAAGACCCUCCUCUCCCGUACGCAGAAGUCCCAGUCCCACGGCAGCAUUUGGCGAUGGUACUCAAGUGGUUUUCUCCACCGAAUUGAUGCCCACAUUGCCCAUAGUGCGUUUGCCUUCGGCGGCUCCCAUGGACAGCAAGAAGCGGCCGCUAUUCUUUGUUUCACCCAUUGAGGGCUUUGCCGAUGCCCUCAAACAGUUGGCCUCCCGCAUCGAUUGUCCCGUCUAUGGUCUGCAAUGUACAGCCGAUGCCAAUUUGGAUAGCAUAGACAACUUGGCCAGCUUCUACUUGAAACAUGUGCGUACAGUACAGGCCAAAGGACCUUAUGCCAUUGCCGGGUACUCGUUUGGUGCCCUGGUGGCAUAUGUGAUGGUAUUACAGUUGGAGAAGGAGAAACAGGAAGCUCAAUUGGUUAUGUUGGAUGGUGCUCCCAAAUAUGUCAAUUGGUAUACAACGACAUUCAAACAACGCCUCAACACCUCCGAAGAUCAAAACGAAGCCUAUGGUUUGGCUUACUUUGGCAUGGUGGUGGCCAACAUCGAUUACAGUAUGGUGGGCAAGAUACUUUUGGGUGUUCCCACAUGGGAAGAAAAGGUGGCCAAAUGUGCAGAAAUUGUAUCGGCUGAAAUCAAUCAACCAAUCGAUUUGAUCAAACAGACGGCUAUAUCGUUCUACAGAAAACUGGUGGCAGCCGAUAAAUAUGUGCCUGUCAGCAAGGUCUCCUGCAACGUUUCCCUAGUCAAGCCCACAGAGAACUAUGCCAAAUUAGAAGAAGACUAUGGACUCAACGAGGUCUGCAGCAAAACGGUAAAUGUUCUAACGGUCGAAGGAAACCAUCGCACGUUCCUGGUGGAGGAGCAAUCCCUGAGUAAAAUAGAAACCAUCAUCAAUAACAUCAUACAUUAAUUAACGUCCACAACACUACCACCACCAGCACCAUUACAAAAGUAAAAUAAACAUCUAGAAAACUGGAGACAACGGCUGUGCCAGAUGACGACGCACAUCUCCAAGCUGUUUUAAAAAUAUAUUAACAACAACAUCACUAGUAAGCAAUUACACCAACCAUCAUCCCAGUUGAAUUUUGUUAGGAAAAUCUAUUGCACUUAAUUUCUAAGCAUUUAGUCCUUCGUUUAUUCUUCUUCCAUCCCAUUUCACAAGGCACUUUCAUACAAACAACCAGUCGACUUAUACCUAUAGAAAAAAAACAAAAACAAAACGUGAUAUUAAAAUUAUCUUUGAUGGCCUCUUGUUCAUGUUGUUAUGAAAGGGCGUUUAAAAGUAGGUCCAAACAAAUUUUUUUAAAUACCCCCAAAAACAAUCUGAAUGACAUGCCAUUGAUAGAUUGAUUUUCUAUUUGGAAUGUAGGCAUUAGUAGACACAAGACAAAACAAAAAAAAAAGAAAAAAUCAUUCCAUUACUUUUUUUGCAAAACAAAACAAAAUAUAUCACUGCAAACCAACAACCUACCUACUCAUUUAAUUAAAAUAAGCUUACUAUUUCUGUAUAAUUUACCAAAUCGUUUAAUUUUAAUUUGUAAUUCGUUAUGUGAUUAGUUUUAGUUGUGAAUUAUAAUUUUUUUUACUCAUAAAUGUUGGCAGAAACAUUUUCUCUCAAAAAGAAAACCAAUUCGAAACUACACAAGAUAUCUCUAUCUUACUAAUUUUUAAGUUAUUAUUAGCACAAAAAAAACUAUAAAAAUACAUUUUUGUAUGUAAAAUUAUAUACGAAAACUCAAUUGGUUACUGAUUGAAGAUCUACCAAUGCAUUAACUACUACUACUACGUUGUUGAAAACAUUCAAACCCAAAAACCACACUCACACUCUAUUUAUACUUACUGUCUUUUUGCACCCAAAAUUGAUAUUAAAAACAAAAAAUUGAUAUUUCAGAAAGAAAAACGGAAAUAAAAUUAUAACAUGUAACAACAAA